CCCCCCCCCCCCCCCCCCCCCCCCCCCGAAUUCCCAAACUACCCCUCCCUCCUUCCCCUCCACCCUCAAAAUUCCCAAACUAUCCCUCCCUGUUCUCUCAUGGCCUCCCCUCCAGACACCAGCAAAACCACCAAACUGGAGCGCUACAACAGCUACCUCCGCCGCGUAAAUUCCACAAAACUCCUCGCCGCCUCCUCCAAACUCCUCUUCCGAGCCACCCUCCUCCUCGCCCUCCUUCUCGUCCUCUUCUUCACAAUCUCCUCUCCUCCUCUCUCCUCCUCCCAUGACCACCCCCACCACCACCUCCACCUCCUCUCCUCCGCCUUCUACGGCUCCACCGGCCCAUCCUGGGAAAAACAAGUCCGACAUUCCUCCACUCCCCGCCGCCCCAACGGCCUAACCGUCCUCGUCACCGGCGCCGCCGGCUUCGUCGGCACCCACUGCUCCCUCGCCUUAAAAAAACGCGGCGACGGCGUCGUCGGUCUCGACAACUUCAAUUCCUACUACGACCCAUCUCUCAAACGCUCCCGCCAAUCCCUCCUCUCCAAACACAACAUCUUCAUCGUCGAAUCCGAUCUCAACGACACCCCAAUCCUCUCCAAGCUCUUCGACAUCGUCCCCUUCACCCACAUCCUCCACCUCGCCGCCCAAGCCGGCGUCCGCUACGCAAUGCAAAACCCCCAAUCCUACGUAAAUUCCAACAUCGCCGGCUUCAUCAAUCUACUAGAAAUCUCCAAAUCAGCAGAUCCCCAACCGUCGAUCGUCUGGGCCUCAUCAAGCUCUGUCUACGGUCUCAACACCCAAAACCCCUUUUCCGAAUCUCACCGCACCGAUCAACCAGCUAGCCUCUACGCCGCAACGAAGAAAGCCGGAGAAGAAAUAGCUCAUACCUACAAUCACAUCUACGGUCUAUCAAUCACCGGCCUACGUUUCUUCACCGUCUACGGUCCGUGGGGCCGACCUGACAUGGCCUACUUCUUCUUUACAAAGGACAUUCUUCAAGGAAAACCAAUCUCAAUCUUCCAAACGCAGGAUAUGAAGGAAGUAGCUAGAGAUUUCACUUAUAUAGAUGAUGUUGUUAAAGGGUGCCUGGGUGCGCUGGAUACCGCUGAGAAGAGUACUGGUAGUGGGAGGCGUAAGAAAGCACCGGCGCAGCUUAGAAUCUACAACUUGGGAAAUACUUCGCCAGUUACAGUUGGGAAAUUAGUUGGGAUUUUAGAAGGGUUGUUGGGAAUGAAAGCUAAGAAGCAUGUGGUGAAGAUGCCUCGUAAUGGAGAUGUGCCGUUCACUCAUGCUAACGUGAGCCAGGCGUGGAGGGAUUUCGGGUAUAAGCCUUCUACGGAUCUGGCUACCGGGUUGAGGAAAUUCGUUAAGUGGUAUGUUGGGUAUUAUGGAAUUAAGACGAGGGUAAAUAAGGAAACUGAAAAUGGGGAGAAGUCUUCUUGAGGUUGGUUUUUUUUUUUUUUUUUUAUAAUUUUUAUAAUUUUUUUAUAUUGUGUUAUAGGGAUUGUACGGUCCUGAUGCAUUAGACCGUGAACGAUGGUCAUAUGUGCCAGCGUGGCUUACAGGUUACAGAUCCAAUCCGUCCAUCAGAGGGGUACUGCUUUUUCGAUCUCAUGGGUUGUGAAUCAGAUCCGUCCACUGAUCAGAUGGAUCACGGUUUCUGAAAGAAAUUUACCCGUCCAUCUGUUUCAAAUAUCAGGGCCCAUUUUCUGAGUGGACUGGAUUUAUUUUUCUGGCAAGAGAAUCUACAGGAUCAGAACACCUUGUGUAUGGUUGAGAUCCAAUCCAUCCAUCAGAGGGUACUGCUAUGUAGAUGUUGUGGUUCGAGAAUCAGGUCCGUCCACUCACGAAUUCUAUCCCGUCUGAUGGAUGGCUGAGAUUUUGAACCUAUCUGCUACACUGGCACAUGUGGGGGUGUGUAUAUGAUCUGCCGUGAAUAAAUAAGCGGUUUGGAAUAAGCGAUGUGCGUCAGAAUGAGUGGUUGAGGUAAUAUUAACGGUCUGGAUCAUGGAAUCACGUGCCCAGUUGGACAGAAUGGAUGUAUCUGCUUCCGUUCGGAUGCAUUAGGACCAUAUAUUGUUGUAAUAUUAGGGAAAAGGGAGGGUAAAAUAGGAAUAGAAAAAGUGCAAAGCUGGAAAAGGAGAACCGGAACAUAAAUGGGUAGACAGAGAGAUAGAUCUGUGAAUAAUGAUGAGUGUGGCCCCUAAAAAGAGGAGAAAAGGUUGAUGAGUUGUACUGUAAUGAAAUGUGUGGUCGAGGAGUCGAGUUUUGCAGCGAAGGGUGUAGAUUCGACUUGAGUGGGCCACGAUGGAGUUCGUGAUUGAUGAAAGAUGAUGUCACGAUUCCUCUUGCUUUUGUUUUUUUUUUUAAAUGCUUUUUCGAUGGUGGGAUGUAAAUCCGUACACUGUAAUGCUAGUGAUUAUGAUUUCUUAUAAAAAGAUUAUCUGUUUCGGUACA